AACGGUCUGCUCGCGGGACUCGCCGUCGUCUGCGCUCUCGUCGAGCAGACGUCGGCCGUUCGAGCCGGCCUGCUCGCCAGUCUGCCGCGUCUCUUGCGGCCGAUGCAGCAUCAGUUCAGCGUCUACCGGACUCGUCGAUUCGUGCCCAGUCGGGCGGCCUACGAGACCGAGUUGUGUGCGUCGACAGACCGACGCGAAUCCGACGAGGCUGGAGUGCGCCUCUUCCGCGACUACAACUUGCCACGACGACAGACGCCGUCGAGACGGCCGCUGCUGACGGCCGACCGGCUGCAGAAGAUGACCGGCCACCGGCUGACUCGACACUGUCAAGACGACGAAAUCACCAGCCUCGAGCAGUGGCUGCAGCACGUGGAGUCGGUGAUUGUGACCAAAAGUCCAGCUAUUCCCGCCUGUCCGGACGGCGUGGCAACUGUGCUGAAACCGGUUGCCAGCCCGGUUGUCAGGUCGUGCAAGGGUGAAAUGUGGUGUCGACAAGAGGACGACUCGAGCAUUCGCUCGUCGGUCGUCUCGGUUCAGCCUCAUCCUGAGUCCGCGCGACCCAAAGAAUGUUCACCUGACGACGCAGUUGACGCCGCCAGUCCGGCAGAUGAGCUCAACCUGGUGGUUUCGACGCGGUCGGGCGAGGCACUCGCGGAGGCAAAGGAGUCGAGGCCUGCAACGGCGCCGAAGAGCCGCAGUGGCGUCGUCGAGUCGCGGCUCGAUCUGGUCCGAGUGGAGGCGACAUUCGGUGCCGACUUGUCGAGCAACGACGAGGCCAACUCGACGAGCCAAUGUCGCACCGGCUCGGACGGGGCCCGUCAGUCGAGUUCGGCCGGCCCGACGCGUCUGGGUCCCACGUGCACGCCUCGAACGGCCAAUUGGAGCGUCGAGUCGGACGGCCCAACAAGGCCGGUGCCCAAAGACGGCGAACUGGUGACCCUUCAGAAGCAGCGCACUCUUCGCGUCAUCCUCGACGACAGCAGUCCCAGCGACUCGGCCUCGGGCAUCGCGAGCCUGUCAAGGGACAAGACGACCGAGCGCAUCUUCUUCAUUCGAAACUUGCCCUCGGAAGAAGACCAAGCCGAGCGAGAGACGGACUCGGGCUCAGGUUCUCUGGAGGACGCGAUGAUUGUCUCGAUCGAGGAUGAAGAGGUCGAGACGACGUCGCUGGCGCCGGUGGCUGUCGACGGCUGCGGUGGACGAAUGAGUUUGCCAGACGACAAGUCGAGGCCGAUUUCGCCUGUUGAAAGUGGCAGCCGAGAGAACUCGUCAGGCGGAACGGGAAUGCGACUAAAGGCGACGCUGAACAAGGGACACGGACAACGAGGAGGAAGAUGCAGCCUCGUCACGAGGGAGGAGAGCGAGUCACGAAAGCCAAGUUGCCAGGCGCCCGAGGAGACAUCGUCAGGCCGGCGGGUGUCGCUGGCCAACAAGUCGACGGCGAGUGGUCGUCUCAAGCUGGAGGAGCAGGUACAGACGCGACUGGAGACCGGCGUCUCGAGGCGGGACCAAUUGCAGAGGAUGAGUCCGGCCACGGAUGGCGUGAGGCUGGAGCGAAUGAGAGACGAUCCGUCGCGACGAUACAGUCUGGCGACCGAACGAGGCAAGCCGGUCGGUCGGUGCGAGAAGAUCGACGAGAUGACGAGACCGAGAUUGGUACCUGCGCCUCUAUCGGAGGAGAUUGGUUGGGCCAACAAGACUGAGAAUCCGUUGGCCGAGGCCAUAUUGACCGCCGGUGGAGGCCGACUUGACGGUACAGACAGUCGAGCGCCUGGCAACGCAGUGCUAGGCAGAUUGAGCACAGCAGGCUCGUCGGGAGGCGGUUUGAUGCCGGAGUGGGGUAGUCAAGAGGGACUCGAAGAUGCCCAACAGGCUGUCGCCGUCGGGCAGAGUCCGACAGAGCCUGCAAUGCCUGCCUCAUGGCAGUCGAGCGGAUGGCCGGAGAGCGAAUAA